UAUAUAUUUCAUGUUUGAAAUAUUGUACUGAAGUCCAUGUAAGGGUAAGAAAAUAAGAAAAAAAACUGGGAUAUUUGCUGAAAUUGAUUAGAUUGCCUUACCUAGAACACUAGCCGCCAUUGUUAUUGGGUACAUUUCAUAUUUCAAAAAAACUAUUCAUAAAAAACUAAAAUUAUUGACAAAUUGUAUAAUUCUUUUUAUUUCUUAACAUGAAUGAGUCUGCCAUAAUGCUAUGAUAAAACUUAAUGGACCAAACGUGUAACGGAGUCUGAACCCGGAAGUACAAGUUAACAACAUCCGGGUGAUUAUUUGGAAUAAAAUUGGCGGUUUGUGUUCGUUGUGUUACGCUUCGUCUUCCGACCAAACUGGGAAAUUUAGCUUAACACCUAUUAAAUCGAGCGCAUGUGGACCGUCUCCACUGGUGACUUUUCCUCGGUAGUGUUUGUGCGAUCGCGAACACUGUUAAAUGUUUGUUAUGCGGACAAACUCUGAACGAGUUCGAAAGCUAGCGCAAGUUAGCCAACAAUGAACUUUGUGGGUAGCAACUAAAGCUAGCUAGCUAGCUAGCUGACCGGCGUUUUCAUAUGUGAGCCAGGCUGUUUCUUUUUUUUUUCUUACUAGUCGCCAGUGAAUCUUCUCGCAUAAUGGCAAACCCGGCGUUGUUGCGGAAAAGAGAUGGACGAUAUCUGUGGUUUUCUCUUCUUGCGCUCGAAUUUCAACCAGGCGCUGAAACGCAGUCAAUCGCUUGCAAAACCAGCAACCUUAAACACAUUAACCUGGGACCGAAUAUGUUCGACAAACCAAACAAGGAUGCCUUCCACCUAGUGACCCAUUUCCUGUUGGAGAGACUCAACCCGACACGUUUUAAUGAGGAAUACAGGCACUGCUGGCCCAUUUUGGGCCAUAAAAUGGAUGCUGAAUUCCGCAAAGUUACCUGUGCUUGGCUGCGAGAAAUAAUGGAUCAAACUAAAAAUGCAGGAUCCAAAGUGGUAGCAUCCGUGUUGCUCUCACCCGGCGGCAGCAAGUUCGUCAAUUUGAUGCUUAACUUGGCCAAUCAUGUCAUGCUGCAAGAAAUGAAGACGCUCACCACAGAUGGAAGCUGGGUUCCCGAGGCUGCGGCGAUGCCUGCUUCCUCCUUGGACAUGGCCAUGAAGAGGCGCAACCUGAUCCGUACCGGGUUUCUGAAAGCUGCGCUGGCUCAGGAUCGUUUUCAACGCGACUACCAGGGACGAGCACAGGCGCUGGUGAAGUCAAGGAUGGAAUCAAGAGCAGAGGGUGCCAAGUAUAAUGAACUAUCAAAGCGUCACAGCAGUGCUUCAAAGCAGGAUGGGGGUUCUGUAGCGGAAAAGAUCAAAAUGGUGCGCUCCUUGUGGUCCGACGUCGAAGGAAUGCUGUCGACCAACAAAGAGGCGCAGCAUAUUGUGGAGUCUGUUUUGAACGGGGAUGUAGACCAAUACAAGCUGGACGGGACGGGUCGAGUCCUGCAAAUUUCUCCCAGUCUGCUGGAGAGAAUUGAACAGCUCCCACAUCAGUUGAGUUCAGGGAAUGUGUACGAGGGUGGCCAGCUGAACCUCCUGUGCGUGCUGGAGCUGACGAACCAUGCGCUGCAGCUCCUGAAAGAAGAGCGCGUUCGGGUCUCUCAUGCCCCAAAGCCUGAAUUCCCGGCUCUGCAACUGCAGGAGAGAUGUCAGCAGAUGGCCCGGGCGCUGCAGAACCUUCACCUCCUCAGACAAAAGAUUUCCAAGGAAGAAAUUCCUGAGGUCAGAAAUUCCAUCAAAAAGUUGGAAGCUGCAUGGGACAGGAAGUGGAUGGAUAUUCUGAGAGACACACCCCUGGUCUCAUUUCUGAAUGAAGAUCCUACUCUCGGCUUCCUCUCCCCAAUGGCUCCACUGUCUUUUGAACCGGCAGCUGACACGAGCUACGAAAUCAGUGUCUUCUACCAGUACCCCGCGACACUUCUUGAUAGGCCUGCAGAAAGUAAAACACCAGAGGCCACCCCCCUGAGGUCUACUAACCUUAAGAGCUCCGGCCCUGCAACAGCUGUGAGAAGUGAAAGUCCUGUCGCCACUGCUCGCGUUUCAUCACAGGCGAACAGCUCUCUUGACUGGCUCUUGGACACAUCUCCCUACCCCCCGCUGAGUGCUCCAUCAGUACCACCCCCCCAGGCCAGUGUCAGGAAGACGGCCCAUUUUCACCAGAAGGUGGCAACAAAGAGGACCAAGACUCCAGAUAGGUCCAAUAUAUUAGACAUGGAAUGUGAUAACCUCGCUGAUCAGUUUGCAGAUGCUGUAACUACAACCAGUCCCCAAGAAGGCCGAGUGACGGGUCUCGACCUGGACGGCCUUCUAGGCACUCUCCACGGAGAUCCCUUCUCUACUAGAAAGCAGCUGACACGUACACCGGAGAGCUUGAUUCUGGAUGUGAAGACCUCCUGGCGCAAGGCAGUUGAGGAAGAUGAAGCCGAGAAAAGCGGGCGGUUGGCAAAGGUCAACAACAGCUUGAAAGGGUUUCUCUCUCCUGUCAACGAGCAGGGCCUCUCCUCCAAAUCCACCCUGUUUUGGGACACCUUCAACGCGGAGGCGUUCGACAGCCCGAGCGGCACGGGCAGCAGCGCCGUCCAGUUCAGCCUCGACCAGGAAACGCUCCCCGAAAUGCCGAGCUACGACAGUCUUCUGAGCCUCGAAGACGAAGCGGUGGACAUGAAGAGCGCGGACGACGAGCUCCGGCUAUCCUUCCUGAAGAGUGAGGAGACGUCGUCGCUGACCACGCGCCAUCACCCGGCUCCGGGCCAGCGGCGGCGUGGAAGUGGCUCCUCAAUGGAAAGCCGGACGAGGACGCCGGAGGUUAACGGAGAACGGCAUGAUCAGACUGAAGAGAGAGACUGGCCAGCGGCGCGCGCCGAGUCGGUGGAUGCCACGGACACGGUGUUCUCACUGGACCUGGACGCGCUGGAGACGCCGCCUCACACGAGGAAGCGGGAAUACAGCCUCCCAGAACUGAUCACAUUCUCCCCGAUAGAUGACUUGACGUGUUGACUGCGUUCAUGUUAAAAACCACUGUUCGGUGUCACCGCUUUCUGAAUUUAAUAAUGUAAUUUUUGUUCAUAGCUGUAUAACCUUUUUCAUGGUAGUUUCUUUAAAAUGAAUAUUAACUGCUUCAAUAAAAAGAAGUAAAUUAAAUUGUUA